GCAUCAUUGGCAUUUAAUAUCAACCUUCUGUUGUUGUCCAUUCGACCAAUUUUGGAUUCUGAAGCAACAAUUGCAAUACAUCUCUCUCUGAUCACCAUUUCAUGACAGACAAGUUCUGCUACAUGCUGAUGAGAAUCAAUAUUGACUGCAAUGGUUGCUACAGAAAAGUAAGGAGAGCUCUUCUUGAUAUGCGAGAGUUGGAGACACAUUUGAUAGAGAAGAAGGAGUGCAGGGUGAGCGUGUGCGGCAGAUUUAUCCCACAGGACGUAGCGAUCAAGAUAAGGAAGAAGACAAAUCGCAGAGUUGAGAUACUGGACAUACAAGAACUUAGCAGCAACAACAGUAACACCAAUGAUGAAGAAAACCAAGAUCAGCAGCAGACGCCUUUGAUCACUUCUUGGAAUAAUCUCAUAUCCUACCCCAACCAAGUUGAAACCACUUGUAUGCAUGUGUGAUGUAAAACUUUUUCUUAAAUUUUGGCAAGAUUUUCUCUUCGAGUUAAGUGCAUACGCAAGUGGGACUUUUUUUAAUACUAAGUUCCAUACGUGCUAAUAAUUCGAAGGAGUCGGCUGUGUGCACAUGACGACGAUUUAAUUAUGAAGCCAUAAAAACAGAAAUUAUGGAGGGCAGAGAGAAGCCUGCAGAUGGUGCAAA